CCAGGUCAUCGGGUGGGUAAAGAUAGAAAACGUGAACGAGUUUUUAUUGUGUAUUCAAAAGAUGUAAUGAGACCAUCAAAUUACCGUUUAGAUGGACUUGGUUCGGUUUUGAUAAGAAGUCCUUACUUUAUAUCAGGAGAAUCGAAAUCUGAUUCGAAGAGACAGAUUGGAGUGUUAUACGAUGACAAUAGAAAGGCUCAAAAAGCUUUGUCAAUUUAUCGGAAGAGGCUUUGGGAAACGCAUAGCAAUUUAAAUGUAAUACGUAUACAUUCUGUGACUUUUAGAAACAAUAUUGAAACCAAAGAACAGCCUUGUGUUGUACUCUACUGUAGUUCAAAAGGCAUAGUGCCACUCGGUGAACCGGAUUUUCCGAAACGAUUGGAAAUAGAUGAGCAUGACUCCGUUGUUGUAAUUGUCCGUGAAGGGUACUUUAGACGUGGCAGCGGCUACGAGACACAAGCAAGUGACGCCUAUCACAACACUCUAAAAAUGGGAUGCAACAUUGGACGGCUAAACCUCGAGGAAGGUCAACAACAUCUGAGUGGCACACUUGGUCCAUUUGUGAGGAACAAGAAUAACGAAGUUGGCUUCCUCACGUGUGCUCAUGUUCUAUUUAACAUAACAAACUCGUCAGAAAACUUUUAUUUUCCUGGUGGUGCCAGCAGUACCAUUGAAGUGACCCAACCCUCCCCCGACAUACGAACACCCUCUGGUUCAGCAUGCGGAAUUGUGGACAAAGCUAUUUUCGAUCCAGGACGCGAUACUAGUAUUGAUGUUGCAGUAGUUCAGUUGACUGACGAUAAAAGGAUACCAACAGCUGGUCAAUUUGCAAAUGCUAAAAUCAGCAAAUUAGAAAAAGCAGGAUUCAGCGAGUUACCGGAGUACAACAGUGGGGUUUGUGAAACACGUUUGAAAGAAAUCGCUAUAUCGCAGAUAGUUUUCAAAUUUGGAAGCUCUAGUGACGUCACAAAAGGAAUGGUGGACAUGAACGGCACACAUGUUAGGCUGUUAUCAACAGAUUUAACUCUGCCAAACAGUAACAAAGCCUACAUGACAAAUCAGUGUACAAUUUCUGGGUCUGAUCAAGAAUGUGCCUUAGCUGGAGACUCGGGUGCACCAGUGUUUGUGAAAACAACUGGUACUAAUGAGUUAAGAUGCAUUGGAAUUGUUAUUGGACAGGGAUAUCUUGCAGUUAACGAAGAUACUAAGAACUACCCAGUAGCAGUGUUUACACCCAUCGGUGCAGUAAUGGAAGCACUAGGGGACGAUUACAAGAUAGCUUCUUUUCCCGCGUUUCAAGAAGCCCAAAAAUGAAGAAAAUACAGGAAAAUGGGUUUUUUGAAGAAGGGACACCCUUUGGUAAAUGAAGUUAGUUUAAUAUUUAUUUUGAUGAUAACAGUUGGCAUUUUGGGCUGCUUUGUUGUUUUAGCAGGAGUUGAGUGUAAUGCCCAGUCACUGAUCAGGAAAUGUUGCAUACCCUUUAUUACACUGCUGGGUGGGCUGAUACACCAAAGCAUGAAGACAGAUGAGCGUAUGGGGAGAAUCAUUUGCAAAAGUAAAAUCAUAAAUUUUAAAAGACAACCAAAAACUUUGAAAAAGAUUAUUGUGUACUUCUAAAUAUAUUGGUUCAAAACCAAAUGUAUCUGUGUCGAAAUGUAACAAACCAAGAUGUGGUGUUUGUAGUAUAAUUGUUGAAGGAGAAAAACUUAAGUAAAAGCUAAUAUAAACUGUAGAUAUCGGAACGUCGUUUGUGCAAAUGGUUCUGAAUUUUACAUUGGACAUACUGGUUAUUAAAUAUUACGUCAAAGUAUGACAACAGACAAAAAGUGACCAUCUGAAAUGUUUAACUGUUAAUAAGCAUAUACAUUCUUGUGCAAAUGAUAGGUUUUAUGUAAUUUCUAUAUAUCAAGCUACAGCAGACACUGUACAGCGAGAGUCAAA